AUGUCGCGCCCAUAUCAGUAUCGUACCAGUUCCACAAUCCCAAGGAACAUUCAGUCAAUAGGCCAUGUGUUAUCAGCCAACGCACAGCAGGCAGCGCACCAGCUAAGAAUAUGGGCUUCCGGUCCGGGAAAGCGCAUGGCUAUAUCGACGGGCGAACGAAUUAUGCGACGGUUACAGCGUAAUUUAACUUCAAGACGGCUAUUGAGCUUUCCUCAUCUGCUGGUGUUGCUCUGGCUCGCUAUACUAUUGUAUGGAGAGAGAUGGGUGUUCAGUAGCAAAGUCGCAAGUUGCGAUUGGGACCAUUGGGAGAAAUGGCCGAAAGAUGCGAAACCUCACCACCUCGUCUUCGUCGCCGAUCCUCAAAUCAUCGAUCCUCAUUCCUACCCUGGCCGUCCCUGGCCUCUUAAUCCUCUGACGGUUCUCAUAACCGAUAAUUACCUACGACGUGGCUACCGAGCGAUGCAAAGCCGUCUACACCCUGACAGUUUAUUCUUCCUGGGCGAUUUGUUCGACGGCGGUCGAGAGUGGAAGACGCGAGAAGGUAAAUUCGUCGAUCCGAAAUGGGGAAGAGGUCGUUCCAAAGAUGAAAAGAAGCUGGUCGAGUCGUGGCACAAUACGUAUGGCGAGGACUUUUGGUUGCACGAGUACGAGAGAUUCGGAGACAUCUUCUUUGAGCACUUCAACGACGGAGGAGAAGUACCUGGACCUUGGCAGCGUGGACGAAAGCUGGUGGCCAGUUUGCCAGGAAACCAUGACUUGGGCUUUGGUGCGCAAGUGCAAACUUCUGUUCGAGAUCGAUUCGAGGCAUUCUUUGGCGAUGUUAACCGCGUGGAUGUUAUCGGAAACCACACCAUUGUUUCUGUCGAUUCAGUCUCUUUGAGUGCUGAUACAUCAGAGUACAAGAAGCAGCAUGAUCUGAAGCCCAUCUUCGGUCCUGUGAAUGAGUUUCUGGACGGUGUCAAGGCAUUGAAGCGAAAGGCAGUCGAGGAGGAAUUACGCCAUUACUAUGAUCUCAAAGGAGGUCUACGAUAUCCUCAUAACGUUGAGGAACUGGAUAGAUCGAAGCCAACUUGGGGCAAGACCACUGAAGCAGACAAAGGCGAUGACCCUGAGUUUCCCACGAUUCUUCUUACACAUGUUCCGCUAUACCGAGCGCCUGGAACACCCUGCGGCCCUCAACGAGAGCACUGGCCGCCGACGAAACCUCCCAAGGGCCAGAAAGAGCCCGUUUUCCCUGAUAACCGAAACGCCCUCAGCAUUGUCGGGGGAUACCAAUACCAAAACGUUCUCAAUGAGCUUGACUCAAUCAAAUUGGUCAAGAGCAUAGGAAACAUCAAGCAUGUCUUUUCAGGCGAUGACCAUGACUACUGCGAGGUUGUGCACUCUGAUGCAAAGGAGAACGUCCGCGAAAUCACCGUCAAGAGUAUGAGCAUGGCCAUGGGUGUACCUACGCCUGGCUUUCUCAUGGUCAGCAUGUUUAACCCUGUUGAUUCAAAGGGUAAACCACUACCUGGAGCACCAGAGCAGACGAUUCAGACACACAUGUGUCUUUUACCUAACCAAAUCCAUACGUAUAUGGAAUACAUUGUCUUUGGCGUGGCAACUCUUGUUCUUCUAGUCGUCCGCGCAGCACUUGUUCCCGCACUCUCACUCACCCCUUUCGCCCUCGAACCUGAGAAACAUUCAGCCUCAAGUGCUUUACCCAUGUAUAAAGACAAGAUGGAUCCUCCCGAAGCUUCAUCAUACCGCAACACGACAUCCUCAGGAACUUCAGCACACCAUUUCCCCUCACGCGCAGCACCGCGGCACGGGAGGAGCGCCUCUCCUGUCCAAACAUCAAAUCGAUGGCAAGCUCGACGCGGAGGACGAAAUGAUAAGCGCUGGGGUUGGGGAUCUGCUAGCGGGCCUCGCAUACACCUCGACGACAAUCUUUUCACCACAGGCGUUCAAGAUAAACGCAUCGGUGGCAAGAAAGCUCUUGGGGUGAUUGGCCGAGAGCUUUGGACCACGGCUUGGCGUGUUGUUUGGAUGGUGCUGUUGUUUUUUGCAUAUCUUGCAUGGAAGGGAUAA